AGCUAUCUGUAUAACAGAACAUUCUGUCCCAGUGGCUGCACAGAUCCUAUCUGAUCCCCAUUGUAAGCAGCAGUCCUGCUCUUUGUUUCCAAAUCAGGAAGGCAGAACAUAUCUUAAAUAAUCUAAUAAAAAACAAAGACCAAUCGAACGCUUAUACUACAUCUGAAUGGCACUACAGUUAAUAUUUAUUGUCAAUUGUACUGGGAACACAAGGCCCCCACUGCCAGAGAGAGAAGGUUCUGUUUAUCACAGAAUUAGAGAAUAAUGCAGGAAAUCUUUCUUGAUUCAGGUUCUCUCUUCUUCCCCCUGUAGCUGUAGCAUUGUGUAAUGGAGGGGAUAAUCGUAUACUGCCCCCCAUGUAAAUGUAAAACUUAGGGGCUGCCUUCUUCAUUUCUCUCCUGCCCAUCUCAUCUGUUUUCCCCAACAUUUUAUUUGUUCUUUCUCUCUCUCUCUCAUUUUCUCUUCUACAUUGAAUUUAGAUUUCAACAUCCAAACUCCUGUUCUUCUCCUCCUCUGUUAUUUUGUCUUCCAUCCCCUCCCAUUUCUCUUUUGUUCUCCCAUCCCACUGUGUUCAAUUCUCUUUCUGACCCCAUUUCUCAUGUCUGCCUCCCUCUAUUGUCCUUCUACUCCUUGGUAAGACACCUCAAGGAGGCUUCAUACAUUAUGGUUCUACUCAACAACAUCCGAUCUUUCCUGGGACCCUAUAAAGCAAUGUAUAGAAUUGUCCAAAGAUGUGUGGGGCCAUAAUGUUUAUUUGUACAGGGCACUAGAGUGAUUUGGGUUUCUGAUGUGCUAACACCACACUAUCAUUGGACAGGAGAACUCUGGCUGUGCUGUGACUUGAGGCCCAUGGGCUGGAUGUGGCCCUCAAAGUGAGUUUUAUGAUCCCAUCUAUUCCCUAGAUCUUCAUAGACCAUUUUGAUGACUUGACAUCGUAGUUAUGUAAUAAUCCAUCUGUUAAACAUGUGAAAUGUGGAAAAUCAUCCCAAAACAUUGAAAGUCUUGGAUGGUACUGGAAAGAAGAAAGAAGAGUCACGGUACUGCCUGGGAAACUGGAGCAACUGCCAUUAAACCUGAGUCGGCUGGGGAAUCACUCGAACAAUGUCUAGCUAAGCAAAUCUUUGAGGAUUACAAGCAACACUGUACAAAUUAGACAAACAUUCAUAAAUGGUCUAGUUAGUUAGAAGGUUCAGGUCUGAGAGGUAAAGGUUUUAUUGAAAAGUAUUUGAAUUCAAUGCACAUGAAAUAUUCUUCACUUAGAUGGUUUAGGUUUGGCAGGUGUAUGUUAUGCUGAUCAGAUCUAUAACUGUUAUAAUUGUUGAAAUGAUUUGCUUCAUGACCUGUAAUAUUUCUUAUCCUAUAAGUGCCUUCACUUGUUUUAAACUACAGUAUGUGUUACAAUAUGGUCACAAUGGUAUAAAAGGAUUUUCAGAUGUUUAAUGCUAUCUUGGCCCUUUUAUUUCAAAAAUACAUUUCUAAACACAGCAAAUAGGGGGGUUAGUUUACCAGAACCCAACAAAAUAGAGCAAAUCAGAGGCAAGAUGUGGAUAGUUCAGGGCAGUGGUGUAAAUAGAGGUUUCUGGGCUCCACACACACACACACACACACACACUUUGAAAAUAUAUUUUUCAGAAUUACAUAUUGAAACUACUUAUAAAUUUGUGCCCCACUGGAACCUCUGUAGCUCCUGGGCCCCCCAACCCUUGCAGGCUAAAGAUACACCUAGUGGGUUAUUUAUGAAAGUGGAGGCAGGGUGAAAAUUGCAAAAAUCCACCAUGUUUUCUGCACAAGGGGUUAUUUUUUUUUAUUAUACUUUUAUACAUGUCCAUCUAUAAGUAUAUGAGUAUAGGUCAGUCUACAUGAAGACCUUUGUAAUAACCCAAAUAAUAUACCUAGGUGGUACAAUGUAAUAUUGGCCAGAUGUUUCCAUCUAUGGAAGAUAUGAACUUGCCAGUGGAAUAGUCUAAACAAUGAAAAACCUUGUUGGUUGAUCUGCUUGGAUUGAUUACUAGCCCUACUGGUCCCAAACUAGCCCUGUACUGGUUCCAUAGUAGCUCUAUACUGUUCAUAUAAGGAUUUUCCCAUAUUGAUUCUCCAUUCUGUGAUUUUUCUGUUCUCACCCUUUUCAUGUUUAUGCUUCCCAGUGUCUGCCUUCCUGCUAUGAGAAAUUGCAGAGUGAUGGACACCAACGUGACCUUGAUUUGGCCCCAGACUAACAGAGGCUCCAUAGCAAUUGUGAUCCUGACCCUUAUUUGCUUCUGCUCUUUCCUAUAUUCCAUCAUCGUCAUUCUCCACAUCAUCCUCACCAUUCCUCACCUCAAGGACAACACUCGCUACCUCCUUUUUGCUCACAUGUUGGUCAAUGACACAGUUUACCUGGUUACAGGACUCCUUCUCUUCCUGGGCGCCUGGUACUUGAUUUACCUGCCCGUGCCAUUCUGCUACUUUACAUAUACUGUAGCCACAUCCACAUAUCGGGUGACUCCAUACAACCUGGCGGUCAUGUCUCUAGAGCGAUAUGUGGCCAUUUCUUUUCCACUCAGACAUGCAGAAUUUUGUACUGUAAGGAAUGCGACAAUUGCCAUAGUUGUGAUCUGGACGGUGGCGCUCAUCCCAAAUCUCGCCGAUUUCAUCACCAUCAGCUCAUCCUUUGGGAAACUCCGUCCCAUGGUCUGUAGUCAGGGAGCUCUGUCUGUGACACCAGAACAAAACACUAUCAGAACUCUGACCUUCACCAUAAGCUUUACCCUGGUCGCACUCAUCAUCCUAUUCACUUACUUUAAGGUUUUACUGGUUGCCAGAAGCAUUGGUUCAGGAAAGUCAUCAGCCAUUAAGGCAAGCAAAACUGUCAUGCUCCAUGCCUUCCAGCUCCUCCUCUGCAUGACCUCUUUGCUCUCAUCAAUUACAGAGAGAUACCCAUUUAAUUACAUUUCUCUUUUAACCGUCUCCACCUUCCUUCUCUUCACCUGCCUGCCUAGGUUCCUCAGCCCUUUAAUUUAUGGAUUAAGAGAUGAAGUGUUAAGCAAACAUUUCAUAAGAAUUCACACUGUAAAGAAAUAA